GGGUUGCUGUGGUAGUGGACACGUAGAGCUGGGUUCUGGUGGAGUGAAUGAGUGUGAUCGGACGAAUUCGCGAGGCAGAGAGGAAGGACCUCAGAGGAGCUGGUGGCGGCGUCUGGAUCCAGGACGUUUUUUUCUGGAAGAAAUUUGGAGCUUGGUGUUUCUGAGAUCAAUUGAGGUGAAAGAAACAUUCAAAAGUAGCCAACUGCCAAAUUAUCUGAAGAUGUCCUUAGAACACCAUCAUGGGAUGAGCCAUUUGGGCAGCAAUAGCACUAUGCCCCCCCACCAUCAUUCAUCCCCUACAGCCUCUCAUAGUCAUGGGGGAGGAGGAGACAUGAUGAUGAUGCCUAUGACCUUCUAUUUUGGCUAUAAGAAUGUGGAAUUGCUGUUUUCUGGAUUAGUGAUCAAUACACCUGGGGAAAUGGCUGGGGCAUUUGUGGCUAUCUUUUUGUUAGCAAUGUUCUAUGAAGGCCUCAAGAUAGCCCGGGAGAGCUUGCUGCGUAAAUCCCAGGUCAGCAUUCGCUACAACUCCAUGCCAGUUCCGGGGCCAAAUGGAACCAUCCUUAUGGAAACACACAAAACUGUUGGGCAACAGAUGCUGAGUUUCCCUCACCUUCUGCAGACAGUGUUGCAUAUCUUCCAAGUGGUCAUCAGCUACUUUCUCAUGCUUAUCUUUAUGACCUACAAUGGGUACCUCUGCAUCGCAGUGGCAGCAGGGGCUGGCACAGGAUACUUUCUCUUCAGCUGGAAGAAGGCAGUGGUAGUAGACAUCACAGAGCACUGCCAUUAAUGUCAGACUCCAGGAUGUGGCCUUAUUUACCACAAUGGGAAGUAGCUGGAGAUGGGGGAGCUGAUUUCAAGUCCUCUCAUUGUCCCUCCAUGGCCUCUUGCCUCCCAACCCUUUCAUACACAACAAAUCAAGGAGGUUCACAUACUAACCUCCAAGCUGGAUGGUGCCCUCCCCAAACUGUUUUCUGCUACUAGGCCGAGAUCCUCAGUUCCCUUGAUAAUCAAGCCUUUUGUUCUAAUUUCUUGAUCAUUUACUUCCCUUUUUAAUCUGUUUUUUCUUUUAAUCACAAUUGUAGAUUGGAGGUCAUUUUGGGGUCAUAGACAGAGGUUGUGGGAAACUCCUUCCCACCCCCAUAACACUAGAACAUAUCUCCCAGUUGUUGGACUGAGUGAGUGGGAUAAUGCCUUUGCCGAGGUGUGAAGUGAUACGUGGCAACCUGAGAAUCUGAAGGAUUUUUGAGUUGAAUAACAGUGCUAUAAUGUGUUCCUUACAUAGCAACAGUCCAGGUCAGAAGCUUCUGCCACCAUUUACUUUUUUGUUAUCUCACCAAUCACACAACUGACAAUCAACUUAAUAGGAAAUAUUUUCAAGUAAAAUCAUUGGCAUCUUUUUGUCUUGCUUCAUUAGUUGGUCAUAGGUUUAUGAAAUUCUUGUCAUAGUUUUUCCUUAUGAUACUAAGUAGAGAAUCAUUUCUUAUCUAAAGGAUGCAGAAUCACUACUUUGGGCCUCUAAAUGAUGACAUCUCUCAGCUCACUCUGCUGGCCCUACCCUAGCUGGCUGAGUUAAAGCAUAUGAAGAAUUAUUACUCCAUAUUUUCAACUAGUGAAAUAGCAAUGGUUCUUAGAAGGGAACUGCAGGUGAAGAGAACCCACGCCUUCCCCGUCUCCCCUCCUCCAGCCUGUUCUGUCACUAACUGUAGUGAAUGUGUCAGUUAGCCCUGGCCAGUAGGCUGGUGUGUUAAAAUAAGCACAGGGUCUAUCUUUACCUUAGAAAUUUGGAAUGUGGUCUGCUUUUAAACUGGGACAUCUUUUAGUUCAGCCUUCAUGUGAUUAUCAUUAUUUCAUUUGAGGAUUUGAUGUAGAUUGCUUCUUGCCUAAAUGAAUGGCCAUUGUGAUCUCUUCCCUAAUUUUCUCAAUAAGGGAUCACAUUCAACUGUUCAUCCUUGCUGUUGAGCUUACUUUGCAAAGUCUAAACUACCUCUAUAAAGUGAAUCUUCCUGAACUGACCUAAUAAAUCCUGCCCUCCAUGGUGCUUGAUACUCUCAUUAUGUCCUAGGGCAAAAGACAAAGUACAACUGCUCUGGUGGUUUUUAACCCUUCCUAGAAAGUGCUGCACCCUUUUAUGAUUGGUACGAACUCACUCAGUUUCUUGAACAAGGAAGGCAGUGCUACCAGAGGAAAGAGCUGGAGGGUAGAGUAGAGGACCUGGCUCACAUACCACCUGUCUGAAUUAAAGCAAGUCACUAACCCUCCUUGUGCCUCAGGUCUCCUCAUCUGGAAAAUAAGGGGGUCAGCCUAGGUGACCAAAGGUUCCUUCCAGCUCCAAAUCUGUGACCCUAUAAUCUUAAAAUACUUGAACGAUGAAUUCCAACCCCGGCUUGUUCUGGAGGGCGUUCUUUUUUCUUCCAGGUUACUUGGUUCCCAAAAUCUUCGUUAAUAAUCAUAGGAAACUUAUUUAAGAACCUCCCAUUGAUCUUCUUUGGAAGCUCCCUUACUUUCAUCAGUUUUCUCUACUUAGUAUCAUAAAUUGUUUCACCUGUUCAACAUUGGAAAUGCUUAGUAAUUAGAUGAAAAAUAAGAUUUUUUUUAAUAGAUCUGUCUGGUAAAAUUGGCCCCCUGAAAAGCCACAUAGAAGUGCCUAUAGCGGGAGAGUAUGCCCCAGAACUUUCUGCCCACCAGCCAGCAGCUGUGCUAGUCAUUGUCCCUUCCAUCUCCUGGCACUCUUAAAGCCAUGUGGGAUUAUUGAGGGUUAUAAAUUAAUGGGAUUAAAGUUGGGCUUGAGAACCAGAACCAGAUGGUGCUGUGUAAUUAUCUCAUAAUUACAUUUCUGGGAUUCGAAUCUACUGAGCAUGUGCUAAGCAUGUGACAAUUUACCAAGGAGACCUCUACAAUCCAACACUAAGGAUUUAAUAUCCUCUGAUCUGACACUAAUACAUCAAGAAAUAGUAAAAACUAUGACAAACAUACUGAAAUAAAAACAAUAAAUAAACAAUAAAAAUGAUUUCAAUUUCAGCCCUGUUGCUUUCUAGGAGUUUUGGCCUAGACAGUGAAAUAAAGGACCAAGCCCGUUAAAGCAAGCAUUGUAUUUAAAGUUCUCAAGAGGGAAAACCAUUCCCUUGCUUCAGUUUCUUGGAGUUUAUGCUAUCCAGGAUAGAGUGAUUUUUAUUUUGGUGCAAGGCCUAUAUUUUGAAGGACUCAGCAAGAAAUGAGUUUUUGGAACAUUGCUUUUCCUUCCCUAUUGAAACUUCGGAUUAUGGUGAUAGAAUAGCCUAGCCCAGUCUUUACUACCUUGUUUCAGUAUUUGCUCAUUAGUAUUCUAUACAAUUAGCUUCUCCUUCAACUUUCCUUUGACUCUUCCACUCCCUUUUGAUUCCUCCCCAUUAACUCUUUCCUAUACAGCUCAAUGUGUAGAGUAUUGCUAUGUGGGUUCUCCUACAAGAACAGAUUGAAACCUGUCCACUACUAUAUUACAUCAAAUUUGCCUCAUGAGUUAAUGAUUAAUGAUUGUGAAUAGUUGACAUGUUCCCAAGACUUCCUGGGGACCUCUGGAUAUGGGUGUAUAAAUAAAUCUCUACUGAUCUUGGGUUCAAAAACUGAAUCAUAGCCAUACAUCGGAAUGCAUAAAUCCUAACACUGGGCUUUUUUGCAAGUUCCAGGUAUUCCUUUCCCCUCAGAACCUGGUACAGUGCCUUGCACAUAGUACUAGGAAUGUUGAGUGAGUGAAUGAAUGAAUGAAUGAAAGAUUUGAAUGUUGGUGAGCUGUGUGGUAGAUGCAGUAAUUGGCAACCACAUGGCCAUUGUUGAAAGGCGGGAGGACCCUCAGCCUGAUUCUGCCCAUUAACCAGGAAUUCUUCAUGAGUCAAUGUCAGGUACAGCCUUACAGAUUUUUUUCUCAUGGCUAUAGUAUUCGGUUCCCUUACCAUUUGGGGGUACUACUGUGGGAUUCCUUUUGUCCCCUGCUGAUGCUAGAGAGCCACUCAUUUUAGCGGUACUUCCAGCUUCCAAAGGGUUUCCCAUUGAUUGUAUGGUGACCUGAAAACAUAGCCACCUUUCACUCCUUUAAUUUUGAUCCUGUCCUCCCUCAUGCUUCCUUCAGAUGUAUCAACCAGAGCAAAAAAAUUUUACAAAAUGCCUUAUUCAGUGUGUCUAUGUUGAUUUUGUCCAUUUUAGAUUGUAACCUUCUUGAGGGCAGUUUUGCUGUUAGACAGCAUGUUACACAUUGUUGUAGAGUGCCUAACAGUGCCAUGUGCAAAAGAACACAAUAAAUAUUUUGAUUCUGUC